UGAACCAUCGGGGCUACAGUUUUGGAUGUCAAAAACUUUGUCAGUCAGAGAAAAAUAAACGCCCAUCUUCCCAAGACAACACUCUUUGUUUACAAAGUCCAGUUAUUUUUGUGCACAGUUAGAUUCGUGAGAAAAAUUUGCGUUGGGGACUUUGAACAGAGGAGACUACUGCCACCCGGUCUCUGGCCGCCCAGAUGUUGGAACAUCUCAGGAAUUCGAACUAUACCCGGCGACAGAGGCAUUUUUAAGCUGACUCGUGAGGAGACCUUUCUCUAGAGCUAGUAGAGUUUGGAACCCACUGCACCAAGCCAAAAAAUGCUGUCGUCGUGUUUUUUAAUACAGUGUGCGGGACUCAUAGUAUUAACACUACACGGGGUGUCAGCUGGCGCUGCGCCUAGUGCUGCUAAAAGUUUGGUUUGGGGGCCAGGACUUGAAGCAAAUAUAGUCCUUCCAGCACGAUUCUUUUUUAUUCAAGCAGUGGAUGCGUCCGGGAGAAAUUUUACCUCCUCACCGGGAGCAAAGCCCUUUGACGUACGGAUCUAUUCUCCAACGGAGCAGUAUUCCCGUAUCUGGAUCCAGGUUCUGGACCGUAGGGAUGGGUCCUUCUUGGUCCGGUACCGUAUGUAUGCCAGCUACACCGACUUGCACAUCCAGGUUCUGCUGAAGGACAAACAUGUGGCCAAGUCGCCCUAUGUUCUGAAAGGUCAUGUGUAUCAUGAAGGCUGUGACUGUCCGGAGCCCAGUGGUGCAUUGUGGGAGAAGCAUAUGCAUUGUCCUUCGUCGUUUGCCCAGAUUCAGAGGGACCUGUCUCUGUUUCCCAGAGUGGACCCAGAACGCAAUGCCCAUGAGAUCCCACAGCGCUUCGGCCGCCGACAGAGUCUCUGUCACUACACCAUCAAAAACAACCAGGUUUACAUAAAGACUCACGGAGAACAUGUUGGGUUCAGGAUCUUCAUGGACGCCUUCCUCCUGUCUCUCACACGCAAAGUCAAGCUCCCAGAUGUGGAAUUCUUUGUGAAUCUGGGCGACUGGCCGCUGGAGAAAAGGCGGCCCAACGAGAAGCUCCACCCCAUUUUCUCCUGGUGCGGGUCCGAAGACACGCGGGACAUCGUCAUGCCAACCUACGACCUCACAGAGUCUGUCCUGGAGACCAUGGGCAGAGUGAGUCUGGACAUGAUGUCUGUUCAGGGUAACACAGGGCCCGCGUGGGAGGAGAAGAACGCCACGGCGUUUUGGAGGGGGAGAGACAGCCGUAAGGAGCGGCUGGAGCUGGUCAAACUGGCGCGGGCGAACCCCACCCUGAUGGACGCUGCCUUCACCAACUUCUUCUUCUUCAAACACGACGAGAGUCUUUACGGGCCCCUCGUAAAACACGUGUCCUUCUUCGACUUCUUCAAGUAUAAGUACCAGAUAAACAUCGAUGGUACGGUGGCAGCCUAUCGAUUACCGUACCUUCUGGCCGGAAACAGCGUGGUCCUCAAACAGGACUCCAUUUACUACGAACACUUCUACAGUGACCUUCUGCCCUGGACACACUACAUCCCCAUCAAAGCCGACCUCAGCGACCUGCUGGAGAAGAUCCGCUGGGCUCGCGACCAUGACGACGAGGCAAACAAAAUUGCACUGGCAGGCCAAGAGUUUGCACGAACGCAGUUAAUGGGCGACAACAUUUUCUGUUACUAUUUCAAACUCUUCCAGGAAUAUGCAAAGCUGCAGGUGAGUGAGCCUCAGAUUCGAGAGGGCAUGGAGCUGGUGGAGCAGCCAAAAGAUGACCUGUUCACAUGUCACUGCCACAGGACCAAGGUGAAGGAUGAACUUUGACACACAAACUACUGGCGAUGGAAAAAAAAAAUCACCUUUGUGUGAAUGAGAAAAAAAAAAGAAAAGAAAAAAAACUUGAACAGGACAACUUGGACUUUUGCAAUGCAACUCAUCAUUGUAAUAAUUUGACUGAAUGUUACCAUCUUUUGUUUGGUU